UACCUCAUUUCCUUUAUUACUUAAUAUCUUUUCCUUUACCAUCUUUCUUCAGUAGGCCUAUUACUCUUUCUUUUCUUUUUUUUAUUUCCUUUGGGAAUUAAUUAAUACCUUUCUCAAAUCCAACAUUAGAGAACAUUAGCAACUGAUAUGUUCUUAUAUCAUCAAUUUAAGCUUUUAGAUAAAGGAGCCGGAGGUGGGGCCAAUGAUGUGCAAUGGUGUUUUUCGCAAGUGAAAGGGGCGAUCGAUGAUGAAGUAGCCGAAGCUGAUAUCAUCUCUACUGUGGAGUUCAACCACUCAGGGGAGCUGCUAGCCACAGGGGACAAAGGCGGUCGGGUUGUCAUCUUUCAACAAGAGACCGAGAACAAGAGCCAGCCACAGUGCCGUAGUGAAUACAAUGUUUACAGCACAUUUCAGAGCCACGAGCCUGAGUUUGACUACCUGAAGAGCUUGGAAAUAGAAGAGAAGAUUAACAAGAUUCGCUGGCUCCCACAAAAGAAUGCUGCACAAUUUUUGUUGUCCACAAAUGAUAAAACUAUAAAGUUGUGGAAGAUCAGUGAACGUGACAAGAGGCCAGAGGGAUACAAUCUUAAAGAGGAGGAUGGCCGCUACAGAGAUGCUGGUGCCAUCACAACUCUACGGGUGCCAGUGUUCAGGCCAAUGGAUCUCAUGGUUGAGGCCAGCCCUCGGAGGGUCUUUGCCAAUGCUCACACAUACCACAUCAACUCCAUCUCAGUCAACAGCGACAAUGAGACCUACCUGUCCGCAGAUGACCUCCGCAUCAAUCUGUGGCACCUAGAGAUCACAGACCGCAGCUUCAACAUUGUGGACAUAAAGCCAGCCAACAUGGAGGAGCUGACAGAGGUGAUCACAGCCGCAGAGUUCCAUCCCAACCAAUGCAACACCUUUGUCUACAGCAGCAGUAAGGGCACCAUCCGCCUAUGUGACAUGCGUGCAUCAGCACUUUGUGACAAACACUCUAAAUUGUUUGAGGAGCCAGAAGACCCCAGCAACCGCUCUUUCUUCUCUGAAAUCAUCUCGUCCAUCUCAGAUGUGAAGUUCAGUCACAACGGCCGCUACAUGAUGACCCGUGACUACCUGUCCGUCAAAAUCUGGGACCUCAACAUGGAGAAUCGACCUGUUGAGACAUACCAAGUUCAUGAGUACCUCAGAAGUAAGUUGUGCUCGCUGUAUGAGAAUGACUGCAUCUUUGACAAGUUUGAAUGCUGCUGGAACGGAAAUGACAGUGUGGUGAUGACUGGAUCCUAUAACAACUUCUUCCGAAUGUUGGACCGUUCCCAACGGCGGGACGUUACCCUAGAGGCUUCACGCGAGAGCUGCAAGCCCCGGCAGGUCCUGAAGCCACGCAGGGUGUGCGCAGGUGGCAAACGAAAGAAGGACGAGAUCAGCGUGGACAGCCUGGACUUCAACAAGAAAAUCCUACACACCGCCUGGCACCCACAGGAAAAUAUCAUUGCUGUGGCAACCACCAACAACCUCUACAUCUUCCAGGAAAAAGUGAACUAAUACGGACGUCAUGGGGAAAGAAAACCUCUGAAUCUCUCUCUCUAUGUGAAAAAAGUUGAACUAGAAAAAAAUCAUUUCCGUGACAUCCACCAUCAUCACAUACCAACCUUGGCCUACUCCAGGACAGGAUGAACUAGUAAAGUCAAGUGGCUGCCAAUACUGAAUAAACUGGUUCAAACUGGUCUGGAGAGAGUGCAGCCUUGCUUCUGGCCUAUGGCACCAUGACACACACCUUACUUUGGUGAUGUAGUGCCAACCUUUGUACCCUCCAUCCCUUUAUCCACAAGUCUGAGCCCAAGGAUGAAAUGGGCGGCAGGUUCCAAUCUUGACAGAUUUCAACCCUAGUUUUUUUGGGCUUUGGUUUGAAAGAUUUCUGUAUAAAAACGUAUUUGAACUUGUGUGGCUGUGUUACUGUGUCUUUUAAUUUGUUGUUCGUGCCAUUGUAACCAUUUUUUAUCUUAUCAGAGAAACUGCCAAGUUUUUUAGUUUGUUUUAAUUCUGUUUCAAGAAUAAGUGUUUUUGUUGUUGUUGUUUUUGUUUUAGGUUACUCAUCAUUUCUAUAAGUUUCAUUUUGUCCUGCUAAAAAUGGUUUUGGCUGUGUCAAAUUGCAGGGCCAUAUUUCUUUUAAAUAUAUCUCCACACACACACACCCUCAUGGUGCCCCAAAGAGCUUUAUUUGGUACAAACCGGCCUGUGGCAAGCAUUGUCACUUGCUGUGUUUGCUGUUUAGUCUCAAGUAUACACAUAAGCACAUACACUCCAAUCGGACUGCUCACUCAUGUAAGAGUUGUACAGCCUUGCAGGAUUUAUUUUCCUUUGUGAUCCAUACCUACUUUCUGUCUACUCUGUUUCUCUCUCAAGAGUUACAAGUUGAAAAAUAUUAUAGAGAUUAUGGUAAUGAAAUGGUAUUUAUAAAUUGAACAAACAAAUAAAUCAGAGUUGUGUCAUCAUCUUUUAAAUAUGCAAUGCCAAAAAC